AUGUUGCUAGUUGAAGUCAAUUUAACAGAGAAAAGUUAAAUGAGAAGAUCAAGAACUAAUUUUGAAAUGUAAUUUCAUCCUUUAUUUAAAAAAAGGGAUGAUUAAAUGAAUGAGAUAAUGACAUGUUAUGAAAGCGUUUUAAAUUGUUUUGAAUCCUUCUUUAGAACCUUGAGAGCCUGGUUACCAUGCUGUUGUUGUUGCUUUCCAUAUCCAUAUUAUGAAAUAACACAAUGAUCCAAGGGAUUGUUAUAAAAGUUUGGAAAAUAUUAAAGGACCUUGGAACCUGGGCUACAUGAAUUCAAUCCGUAAUCUAUUUAGACUAUCCCUUAGCCUUACAGAUAGAAUUGAUUUAGAGAGAUAACUCAUUUUGACUAAAGACAAUAUCAAUGUCAAUAUUGAUACAAUUGUAUAUUAUAGAGUUGUAGACGUUUGUAAAUCAGCCUAUAGAGUCAAAAAAUUGUUGAAGCAAUUAAAGAAAUAACAUACGCGGCAUUAAUAUAUAUUGAUUUAAGACUCCUCGAACAGUUGCUGGUGAACACAAUCUAUCGGAUAUAAUUGAGAAUAGAUAAAAGAUUGCUGAUGAAAUAGAGGGUUUUGUAUUUGAUGUUGUAUCAGAGUGGGGUAUAUUUCACUGUCUAUUUAUAUUAGGAAUCUUCUUAGAGCAUUUUUUCAUUAAGGAUAUGUAAAUGGGAGGUGAAUUAUAAAGUUCAUUACAAAUGCACCCAAAGCCUAGAAAUUAGCUUAGUCCAAAAUUAUUUCAGCAAAAGUAUUGUUAUGUUAAACUCUAGAGUGAUGUUGAAGCUGCUAAACUCAUGAGAGAGGCUGCUGAUAUGUUAGAUUCUAAGGCAGCUAUGUAAAUUCGAUAUUUUGAAACUACUUAACUUAUUGCAAAAAACAAAAAUCCAAAAAUAUUGUUUUUGUCUAUGGAUUANCAGUGCCCGCUGGAUUUGUGAUAGUUGAUAGUAAAUUAAAUUUUGCUAGUCUAUCUAUUUAUAAUGCCUCAUAAGAAAUUUAUGAGAAGAUUAGAGAAUUAACUGAUGUUUUUAUAAUUGAACCAGAAGUGAAAUAAAUAAAUUGUGAAAUUGAUGGAAAAGUAAUCAAUAUAGAGAUUAUAAUAGCAAAUAUCUUAUAUGUGUAUAUAGGUAAAGGAUGCAAAUAAAAUUUACGUUGAGAACGAAAAAAUAGUUAACCAAUUAGCGCAUUCAAUGGUCGUUAAUUAAACAUUUGAGAAGUGA